CUGCAGAUCUCGGAUUGAUCCUUCGCUGCUAGUCGAUUCAACAAUAACAACCACAUUUGAAUUGUCAUAUCUUGAAUUGAAAUCACGACUGGUAAAAUGUGUAUUAUUGAAUUGAAAUUAGACUAGUUCAACUGGGGGACUGGGAGAUAUUUUAAACGUCUAGCUGUCUAGAUUCAUCCAUGUUUUGUUUGCAUGUAGCAUUUCUGCCGGGGUGUGUCUUUGUGAGUGAUCAGUGAAAUGGCUGAGCAGGGAGUUCUCCUGGACCAGGGCCAGUUCUGCUGCUCUAUCUGCCUGGAUUUACUGAAAGAGCCGGUCACUAUCAACUGUGGACACAGUUACUGUAGCAACUGUAUUGAGGACUCCUGGGAUAAGGAUGAUACAACGGGUGUCUACAGCUGUCCCCAGUGUAGACAGACCUUCUCUCCAAGGCCUGCUCUGAUGAAGAAUAGCCUGCUAGCCAUGGUGGUCGGGAACAUGAAGAAGACAGGACUCCAGCCUACUCCUCCUGCUCUGUGCUUUGCUGGACCUGGAGAUGUGGAAUGUGAUUUCUGCAAUGGGAGAAAGCAGAAAGCUCUCAAGUCAUGUCUGGUGUGUCUAGCCUCUUACUGCGAGACUCAUCUCCAGCCUCACUAUAAUGUAGCUCCGUUGAUGAAGCACAAGCUGGUCAAAGCCACCACACAAUUGCAGGACAAUAUCUGCUCUCAUCAUGACAAACUGAUGGAGAUUUUCUGCCGGACCGAUCAGCAGUGUAUCUGUUAUCUGUGUACCAUGGAUGAACAUAAAGGUCAUGAUACAGUCUCAAUCACAGCAGAAAAGACUGAGAAACAGAAGCAGAUAGGGACGAGUCAGCAGAAGGUCAACCAGAGAGUCCAGGAGAGGGAGAAAGAGUUGAAGGAACUGCAACAGGCUGUGGAGUCUCUCAGCCGCUCUGCACAGGCAGCAGUGGAAGAAAGUGAGAGGAUCUUUACAGAGUUGAUUGACUCCAUUGAGAGAAGGCGCUCUGAGAUGAAGGAGCUGAUCGUAGCCCAGGAGAAUUCAGCUCUAAGUCAAGCUGAAGCCCUCAUGGAGCGUUUGGAGCAGGAGAUCGCUGAGCUGAAGAGAAGAGAGAUUGAGCUGGAGAAGCUGACACACACAGAGGAUCACAUCCAUUUCCUGGAGGUAGCUUCACUGAGUGACCAUCCGUCUGUUAUUGCAAAAGGAACUCAUUAUUCUGGGAGUUAUCAGUCUCUCGCCAGUCCCAGUGUAUUUUCAGACUUGCCCACCAUCGAUGUCUGUCCUCUUCAGUACUUUGAGGAUGUGAGUGAGGCUGUGUCUAACCUUAGAGAGAAACUGGAGGGCAUCUUGAAGAGAGAAUGGUGCAGAAUUUCCACCAGAGUGAAUCUAGUGGAUGUUCUACACCCACCCAAGCCCAAGACCAGAGCCGACUUCUUACAAUAUUCAUGUCGGCUCACCCUGGACCCAAACACAUUAUACAGACAACUCUUUCUGUCUGAGCGGAACAGAAAGGUGAAACUGAAGCGCAAAGGCUACUCCUACCCCAGCCGUCCAGACAGAUUCACUCAAAUGUGUCAGGUGCUGUGCGGGGAAGGUCUGUCUGGGCGCUGUUACUGGGAGGUGGAGUGGAGUGGGUGGAAGAUUUAUGCAGGCGUUUCGUAUAAAGAUAUCAGCCGAUCUGGGCCUGCGGAUGAUUGUCAAUUUGGACACAAUGACAAGUCCUGGAGUUUAGAGUGCUGUAGUAAUGGUUACUUUUUCCGACAUAAUAAUGUAAAGACUGAAGUGGCACGCCCUCAGUCCUCCAGAGUAGGAGUGUACCUGGAUCACCAGGCCGGCACUCUGUCCUUCUACAGUGUCUCUGACAAAAUGACCCUCCUCCACAGUGUCCAGACCACAUUCACUCAGCCCCUCUAUCCUGGGUUCUGGCUUCAUUGCUUUAAGACCACAGCUGAGUUAUGUGAGUUAGACUAGAGGCCCAUGUAAGUGAUGCUUUAACUUACUAUUUUGUGAGUUGUUUAUCAUAUACAAACAUUUCCUUCAAUGAAUCUCAGAGGAUUGACUCUCACAAAUUGAGCUCUCUGUAGUCUAGAUAGAAUUUGAGGUUAUUUUCCCCAAAUUUUAGGAUGUUGAAAAUGAAGUAGUUUGAGAAAAAGUUAAUCUAAUGUUCGUGCUAGUCAGACAAUCCAUAUCACUAGUGAGAUUUUACUUCUGACAGUAUAUAGUAGGGCAGGCAAUACAUUGUUUUCAGAAUGAUCUCUGAACUUGACCUGUCUGUGUGUUAUUGCGUAUUCUAUGUCAGCAAUUUUUAUGUAGGCUACUGUACAUAUGUUGCAGUGAAAGUUUUUUUCCCCAGUAUAUUCAAUGUUUAUUUGUCCUAGAACUCAUGUUGCAUCAUGUUACAGGUCCCCUCGAGGUCCACAUUAUACCAAUAGUUUUUCAAUCAACUGAAGUAAGUAGUUUACUGAGCCCUUAUUUACAGUGUUCACUCAAUAUUGACAAUGCUGAACCAAAUGCAAACUGAUAAAUAAACAGUGUAUUUGUUGAA